AGUGACAGUGAGAAGGGAAGAGAAGAGAAGAGAAGAGAAGAGAAGAGAAAAGAGAAGAGAAGAGAAGAGAAGAGAAGAGAAGAGAAGAGAAAAGAGAAGUGGAGAGAAGAGAAGAGAAGAGAAGUUUCAGAAUGAAGUCUUCUGUAGCUGUGCUGGUGUUGCUGUGCUGUGGUGUGGUAAUGAGCGAUAAUGAGGUCAUUGAUCAGCUUCACUACGGAGAUGAAGAGAGCAUCAAAAAUGAAGCUCGAAGAACUGAGGCAACCAUCUCCGACCAACAACCCUGCCAGCCUGAUAUUCAUACAGUGCUAAGAGAGCUGAGCAUUAAACUUGCAGAACAAAGUGUAGAGCUGAGAUACACAAAGAACCAGAUGAGCGCUGUGGAGAAACAGCUGGAGGAACUGAAGAAGCAGAAUGAAGCUCUCUCAGCAGAAAUCAGACUGAAGGCCAGUGAGAAACAAGUGGAGGAACUGAAAAGAGAGACUGAAGGUCAGGCUCUGGAGCUGAAAACUCUACAAAUUAGAUCGAAUGUCACUGAGAGCCAAGUGAGAGAGUUGAGCAGGGAGAAUGAAUAUAAAAUAGCUUUUUCAGCAUCACUGUCUACUGAAGAAGCCGUUACAACAACUGGACCCUUCAACACUGAUUUUACACUGAAGUACACUAAUGUCUUUGUGAACAUUGGCAAAGCUUACAAUCCAGAAACAGGCAUCUUCACAGCACCUGUCAGAGGAGUCUACAUGUUCAGAUUCUCCAUUAGUGGAAAUGGUAGUACUUCAGUCGCUGUUGGAGCACGGCUCUUUAAGAAUGGACAUCAUGUGGUUAUCGGUUAUUGUCAACAACCCAGCCACAGAGUGGGCACAACCAAUGGAGCAUCUCUGCUGUUGGAAGUGGGAGAUGUGGUCUAUGUACAACUGUAUCCCGAUACACAGAUAUUUGAUAAUGUAAAUUACCACAAUACAUUUAGCGGACAGUUGCUUUUCACAAUGUAAAAAGGUCAGCUUAGACCACUGAAGUUAUUAAUGAAAAACAAUGAAAAAACAAUGAAAAUGAAAAAUUAGUAGUGUUGAGCCAGCACUGAAACAACAUGCAGAGAGACAACACAAAUCAUUAAAUAAUUUUGACAUUACCAAAGGUAUUUUAAAUAUACUUUAACUUCCAAAGCUGUCCACUUUAAUAGAUAUAAAUGUGAGAAUUAUUUUUUCUUCAAUUGUGUAAUGAUAGUGUCUGUGUUAUUAAUUGAUUUAUGGUUUGGAAAUGUGUCUAAUUCUGAAAUCUCAAAAGUAAUUUUAUUUUAUUUGCAUUCAUUUUAAAACAACAUGUCAAGAAUUUAUCUCUGAUGAGGCAUCAUCUGAGUAUCCGCACAUAUAUGGUCACUUUCUGAGAAUCUCACGGACAACUCUUGGGCAACUCACUGGAAGUUGACAACUUUUCUUUAUAAAAGUUUGUUUGUACAA